CCACCAAAUAUAAAGAAAUUCUAAAUCAGCGUUUUCUUCAAAUACACACUAUUUGUACACGCUUAAAGACAGCUUUGCUAAUAAAAUAUCCAUGUAGUAGUCGAGACCCAUGCAUGCAUGACAGCAUUUUUACACUCCACACGUAACUACGUGGGAAGCUCACUUCACCUGAAACCAAACAAGCCUCCCACAAAUUCUAUUCCAUCAUUUAUUGUCUUUCUUUAUUUCUCUAUAUAUACAAUUUCACUUAACCACUGACUCUAUAACUCAAACUUCUCGAAACUAAUAAUAGCACAUUUCAAUAUACACACAUUAUAGUACUACUAAACAAUCUUGUAUUAAUUAUUAUAUGGAAAACAAUUAUGUUGGUCAACGAGAACAACGCUUCUCUGUUGACCAAUUGUCUUAUAAAGGCGUUCGUCGGAGGAAAUGGGGUAAAUGGGUGUCAGAGAUCCGUGAACCCGGUAAGAAAACCCGGAUAUGGCUGGGGAGCUACGAGACGGCCGCGAUGGCCGCAGCGGCCUAUGAUGCUGCGGCUCUUUACCUCCGAGGACAUGGGACCAAUCUCAACUUUCCGGAGCUUGCUGACAGUUUCCCUCGGCCGGAGAGCUCUAGUUCCGAGCACGUCCAAGCGGCUGCUCAGGAGGCAGCACUUAAGUUUAAACCAGGUGGCUCUACUGAACCAGCUCUCGAGUCGGGUCAAGGACUUUCUAGGGUCGGAUUGUCUCCGGAUCAGAUUCAGGCCAUUAAUGAGUUUCCAUUAGACUCGCCGAGGUUAGGGUGGAUGCAAGAUUUGGAAGUGACUGAUUACGAAGAGUUGUACGGAAGGUAUUUUGGUCAGUACGAUGAGUGUUUGGAAAUGCAGCAACUGUAAUCCAUAUGGGGUUGUAAUAGUUGAUUUUUUAUUGCUUAACCAUUUGAUUUUUUUUAAUGUCAUAUCACCAACCAUUUAAGGUUUCGGUUUUACUUUUACAGAUUAAUUAUUUAUUCAGUAAAGUAUAAUAAAUUUUCGACCCUUAAUCUUUUUCUUGGGUUCAAUUUGUAAUCUUUUCACAUGUUUUAAAAUCAAAUUUCGAGGAUCCAGUAAGUGAUGACUAGAAAAACUCGUUGUUUGAAAAAAGUUAGAAUAAUCGUAAUUGCAUGUAUCAUAUAGUACACUCCGUGUGGGGGCCGGGGCACAAGAGACGAUUCCAAUAUGCCGCCCGAAUCUCCUGUGGACCUACUAUGCAUUGACAUUUCAGCUUCAGCAAACACUUUUCUUAUCCUUGAUAUUAUCUUCAAAGUUUUGAUAUAUUUUUAUCAACCGACUAAAUAUUUUAAGAAAGUUCCUUAUAAUAACGAGAAAUAUUGUUUUAAAAUCAAUGACUCAUAUGGUACGGUGAUAUUAAUUGAUACGUUGAUGAUUAAUUCUUA